GUUGAGCCUAAUAUAUAAAGUAAGGAUUAUUAUAAGUCGCAACCUUAAUUGAGCCUAAUAUCUGCUUCCAUAUAUUCAGAUAACACAACGAAAUUUGGUUUGCCUCCUAUAUCCAGUUUACAUGGUUCGCUUCAGGCCACGUAACCCAUCUCCGUAACGACGCAAACGUAUCUUUUUUUUUUUCCCUCUUUUAUACCGUUUCACAUCCAAAGACCGAUGGAUCCACUCAUAUAAAAAAACCCUGAUCAAUGAUUGAUGUUACCGACUUCCUGAAUACGGAACAUCGACUACAUCAUCCACACAACAAAACCCUAAUUCAUCUCUGUCGACUGAGGAUUCAUUCAUCAUCUUCCCAGAUUCUUCAACGAAGGGCUUUGAUGAUUUGGGGGCUUUUAUUUAGCCAGAGAGGAUUUCACUUAAGUGUCCAAUUGAUAUUACAGAUUGGUAAUGAUUGUUUCUGCCGAGAAUGGAGAAUCAGAGAAAGAGAAGCGGAUAAGGAAGAUUGGAAGAAGAAGAGUUGGCAGUCGCUUGGUUGAUGUUUUCUUUUGUGGCGUGUGCGAAUACCGAAUGAAGAAUCACUAAUGGAUAUUUGGAUCAUUCAGUUGAAUUGACAACAACGGAGCUCCAAUGUUAAUUCUUUCCCGAUGUACUCCAUCGGCGCCUCUUAUUCCCUUACAAAGACACCCAUGUUGCCGCAUCUCGCGGACGAUUAACUUCUUUUACUCGGAACUAUUUCCAGUUAAUCCAUGCGGAAGCAGCCAUCGUUUACGCUUACGGCGCAUCACAACCAGAGCCGCGCUGACAGAAUGGAGAGAGUAUGAGGAAGCCGUUAAAGAGAAAGAUCUUGGUCGAGCCCUUCGUUUCCUCCAGGAAAUUCCAAUUCCAUUACAAGGUUUGGGUUUGGGAGAGCUGCAGUUGCAGAGGGAUUGGCAAGUAUUGGAUACAUGCUUAAACGCCGAUGAUAUGAGGCUUGUUGCUACUGCUUAUGCUUUUUUAAAGGACAAGGGCUUCUUGAAUUAUUUCGGAAAGUAUCGCAGUAUUGUUCUGGAGGGACCGAGAGAUGUUACACCAACCGUUUUGGAAUCUUCAACUGGUUUAGAAGUUUCGAAACUUUCACCAAAGAAGUGGGGUCUUUCUAGAAGCUCUAGUGCUGUUCUGAUCGCAUGUUUUGCUGGGUUAUCAUAUCUGAUAGACCAUGGAAUCGAUCUGAGACCUCAACUGGCAGUAAUAUUGGGUUCAGCCAUGGUAGACUCCAUAUUUCUUGGCGGGUCUUGUCUAGCCCAGAUAUCAAGUUAUUGGCCUCCAUACAAGAGGCGCAUUCUUGUUCACGAAGCAGGACAUCUUCUUGUUUCUUAUCUUAUGGGAUGCCCCAUUCGUGGAGUAAUUUUGGAUCCUAUUGUUGCAAUGCAGAUGGGGAUUCAAGGGCAGGCAGGGACACAGUUUUGGGAUGAGAACCUUCAAAACGAGCUUGCUGAGGGUCGACUCAGUGGCAUUGCGUUUGACAGAUACUGCAUGGUGUUAUUUGGUGGGAUAGCAGCAGAAGCUCUUGUGUAUGGAGAGGCUGAGGGGGGAGAGAAUGAUGAAAAUCUAUUUAGGAGCAUUUGUUUGCUUCUGGAACCACCAUUAUCCGUUGCACAGAUGUCAAAUCAAGCAAGGUGGUCGGUUUUGCAAUCUUACAAUCUGUUGAAAUGGCAUAAACAUGCUCAUCAAGCGGCUGUUAAAGCUCUGGAAAGCGGUGCCACUCUCAGUAUCGUCAUAAGAAGCAUUGAAGAAGCAAUGGCUACCAACAACAGAGGAUGAUUUGUCUCACGAAAAGGGUUUUCACAUGCUCCCGAUUGUUAAUAAUUAAUUAAUCUAUUAGUCAUUUAUUUCAGAUGGAAAAUUCCACAUAACAUGUAAUAAUUAAUUUACAAUUUGUAAAGUUUAUAGACAUAUAACACAAUAAAAAAUUCAUUUUUUUAAUGAA